AUGUCAAAUAAAAUUGUGGUGAGCUACAACCUUCCUGGAAUAAUUGACGACGUUAUCGCCGCAAUUAAGCCUGAAUUCGAAGAAUAUGGCGUUUCUGAAGACGUUCUCGCUGAAUUGCAGCACAAAUGGGAGAACAAAGUUAUUGCCUCUCAUGUCGCCGAUUUUGAAGUAGUAAACGUUCCGCCCGCGCAAGCUCCUCACCAUUCGUAUCAGACUCAUGCUAUGCACAUGAUGCAAAGUCAUCCAGCAUAUACAGCGGCAGCAGCACCUCAUUCUUAUGUUGCCGCCGCUCCUCCACAACCUGGUGUGAAAGCAGAACCGAUAGACACUCGUUACAUGUUACACAAUGCUCCGCAGAUGGCCUAUGCCCUUCCUCAUCUUCCUGGUCCCGCUAUCAACGGCGCGCGCCAGCCUGCGGUUCCUCAGUACGGUAGUCAAACUAGUAUACUCUCUUUUCCGCCAGGUCCGCCACCGGUCCAAUCCAUACCCACAAAUGGCGCCGGCGUUCCUUUAGGUCGUGCUUACGUUCCGCCGACAAAUGGCACUCCAAUUGCAACAAUGUCUGCGCCUCCUCCUCCAUCUAAUUCAGGUGGUGGUGGGAGUUCAGGUCGCAUCCCUCAGCUUGAUGGCCCAUCUGAAGAUGAAUCCGAUGAGGACUCACAAACCCCGCCUCCUUAUGCACCCCGAUCAACACAUCCUUCUUUGCCACAACCUCAAGCGUCAACGAGUGCCUCCGCAGACUCAGAAGCUAUCAACAGCGACUUGGACGAUUCAGAUACCGGAGACGAAGAGGAGGCAGACGAUGGUGCUGUCGGAGAAACGGACAUUGUAUUCUGUACUUAUGAUAAAGUCGCACGAGUCAAGAACAAGUGGAAAUGUAUCCUGAAGGAUGGAAUGAUUCAUGUAAAUGGAAAGGAUUAUCUCUUCUCCAAAUGUACUGGGGAAUUUGAAUGGUAAUCAUCAUUGGUUUUGUAUCGUUCUCGCCAUCAAAUUGUUUGAAUCAAAAAACAUCUCAAUUAAAAACUUUUUUUUCUUCGCUAUGUUCUACCUUUGCAUGCACACGUCUAUCGCUCACCGUUCACUGUUCUCCCAUCCUGUGUCACGCAUACUGUACACCUGAAGCAUCAACUACAUCAUUCGUCUCCUUAAUCAGCUUUAUCUAUCUACAUAUCUACUAUGGCUACGGUAGAGUAUCCCUUCUCGAAAAUGUCAUAUCAUGUCGCCUCAAUGUUGCCUAACCAAUAUCUCAGCAUCUGUAUCGUGCCCUAAUCAGCUUCGUCCCGGCUCCGUACAGUGUAUACUAGAAGAAAGUAUUGAUAGUAGUAU